AAAGGCUAGUUUCCAGCUAGAAAUUGGUCCAAGAAGUGUAAUUUCUCGUCUUUACUGUAGCAGCCAAUCCAGUCUCGUGGGAUGUUAGAAGAUGGUGAGCCAAAAAAAACCUCCAAUACAUCUGAAAUAUGCUAACUGUCUGUUUCCGGGCUGCCAAAACAGACUGGUUGCUAGAGCUCAACAAGAUGGGGUUGCCCGUGUGGGUGGCCAAGAGGAUGGAGGCCAUGAGGGCUGUGUACCUGGCUUCCAGGUCAAACACUACCAGGUGGCGUUCAGCGGAGCUUUCCAGAAAGGCCAGGCGCUUAUACAAGUUGAGUUUGAUGACUGUGCGGGAAACGAGGAUGUGAAGUUUGAGGUGUCGGACCCUUGCUUCCACGUGGACGGAGAUCUGAACCUGGUUCCUCAGCGAGAUGUUCUGUACAGCCCGACGGUCCUGAUCAUCCACGGGCUCAGUCCACAUGCAGAUGACAUGGCACAGGUGGAAGUCACUGGACUGCCGGUUCAGUCGCCGCACACUCUCAGGAAAAUCCUGGGUGUUGGCCAAAAGCUGCCUUUCAGAUCUAAGAGAUCCCUGCUGGUCCCUCCUGUGAUCGUAACGGAGAACCAGAGAGCUCCCUUCCCCAAGGUCAUUGGCUGGUCUCAUGUGAUUUCAAACGAGAAUUUAGCGAAACGUAUCUUCCGGCUGUCAGGCCGAGGUGCUGACCAGGAUCCCAAAGGUCUCUUCACCAUCGACACGAACACAGGAGACGUGUCAGUCAGCCGCUCACUGGACCGGGAGGCCAAUGACUCCUACCAGCUGGAAGUUUCAACCAUAGACCUCGCUGGAAACCUUAUUGAGGGACCAGAGAGACUAGUGAUCACUGUCAUCGACCAAAAUGACAACCGGCCCAUCUUCAAAGAGACGCGCUACACAGGAGAGGUGCUUGAGGGAUCCCCUACAGGAACCACGGUGAUGACAAUGACAGCGUUUGACGCAGACGACCCCGCCACAGAUAACGCCGCGCUGCGCUACAAUAUCGUGAGGCAGUCGCCAGACAAGCCUUCCCCCAACAUGUUCUACAUCGAUGCAGAAAGAGGCGACAUUGUCACCGUCAUCUCCCACAAGUUACUUGACAGAGAGACACUGCCCACAACAACGUACGAGUUGGAGAUUGUGGCCAAGGACAUGGCAGGAAGUGAGGUGGGCCUCACAGGAACGGCCACGGCUACCAUCACCAUCACAGACAAGAACGACCAUGCCCCUGAGUUCACACAUCCACUGUUUGAGGCGCAAGUGGAUGAGGGUUCGACGGGUGUGGUGGUCAACCUGACGGUAGAUGACAGGGACGACCCUGACACGGGGGCAUGGAGAGCCAUCUACUCUAUAAUCAGCGGAGAUCCCACGCUGAGCUUUGAGAUACAAACCAACCCAGACAAUAAUGAGGGAAUGCUGUCUGUUGUCAAGCCUCUGGACUACGAGGCCACAGCAUUGCACAAGCUGCUCAUCAAAGUGGAAAACGAGGACCCCCUGGUGCCCGACGCUAGCUACGGUCCCGGCUCCACCGCUACUGUCCAUGUCACAGUCCUGGACAUCAACGAGGGCCCCGUCUUCUUCCCUGACCCCCUGACAGUCACCAGGAUGGAAAACAUUCCUGUGGGCAGCUUUGUGGCCUCACUCAAUGGGACAGAUCCAGAUUUCCUACAGACACAGAGCAUCAGGUAUGCUGUUCUGCACGACCCAGCAGGCUGGCUGAGUGUGAGCCCAGUCACAGGAACUGUCAACACUUCAGCCCCACUGGACCGUGAGUCUCCUUAUGUCCGUGACAACAAAUACACAGCUGUCUUCAUUGCCACAGAUAACGGCAGCCCUCCAGCCACAGGUACCGGCUCAUUGGUUAUUCACCUGGAGGACCACAAUGACAACGCGCCCUACGUGGUCCCAUCGGUAGCACGAGUGUGUGAAGAUGCCCACGAUAUGAAUGUGGCCAUAGUUGGGGGGCGGGACAAUGACCUCCCGCCGAACGGUGCACCCUUUAAGAUAGAACUGGGAAAACCGGGCCUAGAUAAGACAUGGAAGGUCACCAGGGUCAAUUCCACACACUCCCAAAUCAUGCUUUUGCACAGUCUGAAGAAAGCCAACUACCAGCUCCCGCUGCUCAUCACUGACUCAGGGGUGCCCCCCUUAUCCAACAACACAGAGGUCAAAGUUCAAGUGUGCGUCUGUAAGAAGAACAAGAUGCACUGCAGCUCCGCCCACUCCCACCGCGCCGGCCUUCUCGUGCUGCUGGCGACACUCCUGCUCUCCCUACUCUGCCUGUAGAUUCUGCUGAAACCUCCCGUAGUCCUUUUUUGCAACACUGAAAAGCAACGACUUAUCUCCCCCACGCAAGCCAGGCUUAGGAGAGAAGAAGAAGAAGAAGACGAAAAAGAAGAUGAAGAAGAAGCGAGAAGAAGUCUUCUCACCACGACAAAUCAAACAAGAAAAUACACACAAUCCCCACUGGCACAACUGCUGUAUAACACCACUCUGUGUUGUUUUUUUUAAAGAAUCUCUCACUUAUAUUCUCGCCGCUCUCGUUUCCUUUUCUUCAUCUUUACUUUCCUUGUGGUAUUUGUCCUUUUCCCACUUAAGUCGUAUCUCAUCUUCUCAUGUUCUCCUGACUCUAUUUGACAUUUUUCUCUAUCUUUCCUCUCCCCUGUACACUUCCUCCUUUAUUCCAGUGAUUAUUCUCUUUUGUUUCGUACAACUUUUCAUUGCAUUGGCAGCACACCAUCACACUGGCAGACAAACAUUGGGUGUUAGCAGCAUUCAUGGCAACAUGCCACAUCCGUAGGAGAUACUUGAAACAACGUGUAUAUUGAUAUUGUAACAGAACAAAAACGAUAAAUCAAUUUCGUAUUGGACCUCACCUUAAACCUCUCUUUUCCCACAGUUCAUUUAAAUCCUCACUUUCUUCUUUUUUUCUCUCAUAGCUACCUCUUUUCAGUUUUUUUUCCCUCCCUUCCUCACACAUCAUCCCAGUAUCCUUCUCUCCUUUCCCCGUCUCCUCUCGUCUAUCUAUCGACCUCUUUUUGUCUCUCGGCGGACCAGGGAACACUGCGAAGGCUGAGCUACUGUCCUGGUCGGGGAAGAGCAUUGACUUUUUGAUGUGUUCCUUUUUCUUUUCUCGUCACAGACUGUGUUUGAUCUUGUUUCCCCUCUUUAAGCGGAGAAAACAAAGCGUGUUUCUUUGUCUGCAGUGGUUGUGGUCUUUUAGGACAAGGUGGUAGCCAUAAGCCUUCAAAGUCAGAAACUCUCUGCUGGAGUCGUUUCUUCGAUUUGCUUCUGUUUUUAUUGCAUUAGUUGUCAUGGAGUGGAAAACAGUAUAUCUUUAUAGUAACGGUGUAAACCUUAAAAAAAAAAAAGUACUAUUAUAUAAAUAUUUUAUUUUUUACCAUUGUAUAAAUAUACAGUAUUGAUUAACUUAUGUACUUUGAUUGCAAGUUCUUUUGUCACCCACACAGUGAGUAAAUAAAAAAGAGGAUACCUUUUUUCUGUGAAUUUUAGGCACUAUUUCUAAUGCUAUUGAUGUGUUGACUAUUUUAUUGUAACAUCUUUUUUUUUUUUUGGUUUCGUUUUUUAUAUAAUUUUGAAAAUCUGUGAUUAAUUGCAGAAUCAGGAGUCUUGUUUUGAUGGCUGCCAUGUGUUUAGGUUCGAUUUUGUCUCCCGUCAAUUCUGCCCUCUCCUGUUCUCUCUCCAUUUGUCAUUACCAGUCACAAGAAGAUGUGUAAGAAGAAAAACAAAGGCUGUGGUUUUGGUGGAUAGUUUUGCUUUUUUCACUUGCGCUCAUCAAAAGAAAGUAGCGUGUGUGGGUUUGUGUGGGAGACCACCUUAAAGAAAAAAGAUGACAUUUUGAAUGAGUUACGUCUGUCUUUUGCACUAAUUUAAUAAAGCCGUUACUGAAAAUUCCCACAA